UAAUUUACCUAUUCCACCCUGCCAAACGUGCCCUAAGUAUAGUUGGAAACAAACAGCGGUCAGGCCGAGCGGAGGCGUUGGUGGAGAGUGAGAAAAGAACAGAGAAGAGCGAGGAGAAGCUUCUGGAAGGGAAGAGAUGUCGACGAUAUACGUGUUGGAGCCACCGACGAAGGGCAAGGUGGUGUUGAAUACGACGCACGGGCCGCUGGACAUCGAGCUGUGGCCCAAAGAGGCCCCGAAGGCCGUCCGCAACUUCGUCCAGCUCUGCCUCGAAGGCUGCUACGACAACACCAUCUUCCACCGCAUCAUCAAGGGCUUCCUCGUUCAGGGUGGCGAUCCCACCGGUACUGGCACCGGUGGUGAAUCUAUUUAUGGGGGCGCUUUUGCCGACGAGUUUCAUUCGCGAUUAAGGUUCAAGCACAGGGGCUUGGUUGCGUGUGCUAAUGCUGGCACGCCAAAUUCGAAUGGGAGUCAGUUCUUUAUAUCGUUGGACCGCUGCGAGUGGCUUGACCGGAAGAAUACUAUUUUUGGGAAGGUGACUGGGGAUUCGAUAUAUAAUCUUACGAGAUUGGGUGAGAUUGAAGCUGAUAAGGAUGACCGGCCAUUGGAUCCGCCAAAGAUUAACUCAGUUGAGGUGUUAUGGAACCCUUUUGAUGAUAUUCUUCCAAGAGCACCUCCAAAGGCUUUGAUCAAAUCCACAACUGAUACUGACAAGAAAGAUACAAAGAUAAAGGCUGUGAAAAAGCUGAACUUGCUUUCAUUUGGAGAGGAAGCUGAAGAAGAGGAGAAAGAAUUGGUGGCUGUAAAGCAAAAGAUCAAGAGCAGUCAUGAUGUAUUGGAUGAUCCUCGUCUUUUAAAGAGCUCAUCUGAUGUCAAAACAACAAGGGAUGUGCAGUUAUCUAUAAGAGAAGCUUUAAGCUCAAAGAACGAAGAGUCACAGAAAGAUUCAGAAGCUGAAUUUUCUAAUCCCCUUGAUUAUAGUGAUGAUGAUGAGGCCAACUUUGAUGAACGAAUGCGUUUGCAAAUACUCAGAAGAAGGAAGGAGUUGUCGGAUAUCCCAGCUAAGCCAAAAUUGCGGAAGGGGAAUUCUAGUCCAAAACGCAAUGAAAUAUCUACAUCAAGGCUUAACACUGAAAGCAUUGAUGAUGAUCAACCAAGGAUAGAAAAGCUGUCUUUGAAGAAAAAGGGAAUCGGAUCAGAAGCCAGAGCAGAACGAAUUGCUAAUACAGAUUCGGACUUACAGCUGAUGGGUGAAGCUGAACGAGGAAGGCAGUUGCAAAAACAGAAAAAGCGCAGAAUUCAAGGACGUGAAGAUGAAGUUCUAGCAAAACUUGAGAAGUUUAAGUCCACCAUGUCUGGAAAACCCACGGACUCAGGUAGUGGGUCUGGAGAUGGCAAUGAUGAAUUAUCUGACUGGGGAGCAGUUAAAUUAAAGUUUGGCCCUGAACCUGGCAAGGACCGCAUGUCUCGCAGUGAUGACCCAAACGACUACGUUGUGCUUGACCCUCUUUUGGAGAAAGGAAAACAGAAGUUCAACCGGAUGGUAGCCAAGCAAAAGCAACGAGAACGGGAAUGGGCUGGCAGAUCUCUUACUUGAUCUCAUAUUUGCUGACUACGUAAUUAAGCAGGCUUGUGAAUAUCCAUAGACUACUGGAGGUGACGAGUUUGGUCUCGUGGCCGUUUGACUUUGUUAAGUAAUUUUAGAGCUACAAUGUUGUACAGAUUUUUGAGUCAUGCGGGAAAAGGUCCUGAGAAACCAGGGAAGCUUUAGAAUUGAGAUGCACUGAUGCCUAUCUCGUAUAGUUUCAUUUAUUUUUUCUAGGAAACAGGGAGAACCGCAAAAAACAAAUGCAAUCUUUUGCUACGGCUCUCGUUUUCUCUGGUUUUGAUCACCUUAUUCUUCGUUGUAGUUGAAUUUACAUGGAAGGCAGUGGUAUUGUUAGCAUGCUUCAGGCAAUCUGAGAGAAAUACAUGCUGUUAAUUUUUUGUUUU